AUGCGUUCGUUAAUUUAUAGAGAUGUACUAAAUGAGAAAGAUACAAUUAUACAAAUAGCACGUUGUUCAUUUGAUCUUCAUUUUCAAGAUAUUAUAGGCACAUUAACAACUGGUGCUACACUGGUAAUGCUUCAUCCAGGAGGAAUAACCAAUUUUCACUAUCUGAUUGAUGUCAUCAAUAAGAAGAAUAUAUCAUGCUUAAGUACAGUACCAACCAUUCUUCUACAUUUAUUAAACUUUUUACAGCAAGCUAAUUAUCCCAAAACUAUAAAAAGUUUAAGAUCAGUUUGUAGUGCCGGUGAACCUUGUUCCGUCACUCUGGUUAACUUAAUUUUAGCUUCCGUCGCGUGCUGUUGUCGACUGUGGAAUUUAUACGGUCCAGCUGAAACCACUAUAGUCUGUAUUUUACAUAAAAUAGAUUCUAUAACCAAGACGCAAACUAUUCCUCUUGGUAAGCCUCUUUCUAAUUACCAAUGUAUGAUUAUGAAUGGAUAUUCACAACCAUCUGUCAUCGAUGAAGAAGGUGAACUACUUAUAGGUGGGGUAGGUGUCUUUGCUGGUUAUCUUGGACGUUGUGAUUUAACAGUAAAAGCUCUCGUUGAAAUAGAUGGUCAACUAUUUUAUCGAACAGGUGAUCUUGUUACAAUGGAUAAAAACGGUCUUCUCCAUUAUCAAGGAAGAAAAGAUCAUCAAAUCAAACUUCAUGGACAACGAAUUGAACUUGGUGAAGUCGAAAGAUGUUUACUUAGUAUUGUAUCCAUCUCUACUUGUGUUGUCAUGAAAUGGAAUGAUGAUUAUUUAGUUGCAUAUGUUCAGUCAUCUUCUCAUGUGAAUGAAGACGAAAUACGUCAACAUUGUCAAUCUCAUCUUCCACCACAUAUGAUUCCAUCCAUAUUUGUUAUACUUGAUAAACUACCUUUGAAUCCAAAUGGAAAAAUAGAUCGAAAGCUUCUUCCUUUACCUCACUUCUCAUCUACAAAUGUCGCAAACACUAGAGAACUAUUACUACCAACAAAUAAUAUUCAAGUUA